CAGGAUUCCAAAUAUUUCUCAUUUCCUAUUAGCAAAUCUGUCCCGUUCCUCCUAUUUUCUUUCAAAGUUCAAACCUAGCAACUCGUCCCCAUCCCUCUCGAACACCAAGCCCUCUCAUUUUCUCCCAAAUUCAUGUAUCAAUGAAAGAAGAAAUUCAUUAUUUAAAGCUGUAAACCAAAAUCUGCUACAACUUCAGCAGAUAAAAAAAUAAAAAAGAGAAAGGAAAUGGCGAGCUAGAAUCUCAAGUAUUUUAUUACCUUUUGAUGACAAGGUAUCCGAAAAUUUUCACUAUCCUGGAUAAGGCUCUGGUUCUCGACUAAUUCCCAAGGUAAAAGAUGUAUUCUCUAGCAAAUUUGUCACAUUCACCGCGGUGCCUCGUUCGCAAGGACCAGAGAUCUGCAAGGAACAACACACUUGAGUUCUGAUCGAAACCAUGUUAAACUUCAAUGACCUUAACCUCUCUCUCAAGCACGCACAAGUUGAUGGUAUGGUUCAAGAAUUUGCAGACAUAAAUCGUGGAAUGGAGAAAACCGGAAAGUUUACAAUGGAUAAGAAGAAGCUUCUUCAGCUUUUUGGGAAGGCUAAUUCAAAUCUAGCUGAUGUAAUUCCAAAAGUUGGUCUUUUUGAGAGGCUUCGGUUGGGCUCAUUAAGCUUGAACAAAGCUGUUUCUGUUCAUGACUCUGGAGUCAUUACAACUUCUUCCCUGGCUUCCAAAGCAAGGCACCAGAUAAAGGAUGCCAAGUAUGCUCAAAUACAUGAAUAUCUUCGUAAGGAUUAUGAAGUGGCUGAACGCUCUGGAAAUUUGGAUUUCAAACUAAAACUCGUGAAGCAUAACAUUCAUUUCCUGCAAGAAAUCCUCCAAAACAGGAAGUCUGAUCUCUUGGAAUGGUGCAUCAUUGGCCCGUUGAUGAUGGAGAAUGUCAUAUAAUACAAGAUUGUUCGUGAUUCAAAUGCGAUUCCACUAUAAUUUUGGAAGCUGAUUAGGAAACAUGAAACAGACGAUAGUUUUGUAGCAGUAUUUAAUCUAUUUAUUGAGCAACUCAAUUCAUUAUUAUAUGUAUGCAAUAAAUUUUCUUGCAUAUACUACCAUAAAUUUUCCAA